AUGGCGCCUCCAACUACGAUCCGCAGCAGGGACCAAGCGCUCGCACCGCUGGCCGCGCUAGACUCUCAUACCCGCUGCCAGUUGAAGGAGCUUGUGCAAUGGGAGUGCCAAUUCAGGGAAGCCGACUACGUCUGCUUCCCCUUCAAGAGGCUUUUUGAACGCUGCAUUGCACCCGACAAAUCGGCCACUGACUACGAGGUAACUGAUACAUACACCAAUAGUUAA